AUGGGGAUUCCUGUAACUAUUUUCGACGGAGGUCUUCUAUGGCCCAACGGUGGGAUAAAAGGGUUUUUCGAAUCAUGCCAGAGCGAACAUGUCGAACACGCUUCUCGGCCAGGAUUGGCACAAAGAAGGUCUAGCGGCUGGGACCUAGACUCAGGUCCUUGCUGGCGCCUCGAAAGAGCCUACACGUGUGAGGAUACGGAGCUGACCAGGCUUCCCAGCUAUAAGCGGGUUGAUGGACAGUUUUGGUGUUUUUGGCGCCCGGACGGUUCGAAGGUGGGUAUUGUUGCCGCCGACGGAAAUACAGUACUCUCCAAUAGUAUGUCACUAUCUCUGCCCUCUGGAAUCUCAGCCAUGGACAUUGUGAAUGCACAUAGCGUCGCAUUCGGCACCUACGAUGGCGUUCACGGAAUGUAUGAUCUCGGGACAAAUCGCGUGGUAUACGCAAACACAUCGUUCUCACAACCCAUAACGCACGUCUGGUGCCGCGUCACGGCUGACGGUGGAUCAGUUGUGACUUUCAGCUCCCAUAACACCAGUAUUUCUGUGGUGGGUCUCUCAGGUGUACGCAGCGAGACAACAUUUCUGCGUGGCGGGCAACCUACCUUACGCCCGAUUGAAAGCGUUGAUCUGAAUGCCGCCGCAACCAAGAUCGCCAUGUGUGACGCGCGAAACGUCUGGGUCCAUGAGCUCACCUCAUACACUUACCAGCCUGUACCAGGCUUGUUUCUCCAAGAAGGCGAGUUUGUGGUUUCGUUGAAGUUUGCAAGUACCCGGGAUUCCCUCCUUGUUGCAACCUCACAGCGGCUUCUCAUAUACGAACCUGGGACUACUUACGCGGUGCCAGUCUGCAACAUGCGUCACGGAGCUGUUUUUGAGUUUUUUGAAGAAGACUCAAGAAUUAUGGUCGAGCAGCAGCAUCUCUACGGGACUCACAUGGCUUGCUUUGCCCUUGACGAACAUACCUCCCAAUGGUCACAGGUUGGCUAUUCUGAUGUCAGAGCUCAGUUCGGCAUUAGGAAAGUUCACUACUUCUUCGCUUUACGUUCCCAGUUGCACGUGCUCUCCGACUCGGGCAACUAUUCUAGGUUUACGAGCACAGAGGAUUACUGA